UAAGCGGACAGAGAACUCUGAAUUUAUUGUAAAGGCUUUGGUCUCACAGUGUAGGAUUUCACCGGACAGUGGAUCCAUGCUUCUCUAGCCUGCUCAUUUAACAUCAUGGCAUGACAAUUACUGUUGUGGCUCAGCCUUUAAAUGCUUACGUGGGAGUUAUUCUACGCAUUUCUCAAGAGGAUCAGACACCAUGAGGAAAGUCUACAGCUUGGUUAGUCUCACUAAAAACAGGGAAUCAAAAGAUGCCGUGUUAUCUCUUAACAUCAAGCAAAUCCAGUAUCCUGAGCAGACGCGAGAAUUCGACAGUCGAUUAACAAAGACGGGACGCCGCUCCCUGUCCCACUCUAUUUCUCAUUCCUCUACAGACAGUAACAGCUCAGGGGGUUCAGAUGCAGAAAAUCCAGAAGAUGAGGUCUCUCCUCGAGACAUGCAACAGAUUAAUUCUAAAGGGAACAGGGACUUCUGCAUCAAAAACAUCAAACUGGCAGGCUUUGGUCGUCGAGAGAUAGAACUUGCCGAGGAUGAGAUGACUGCAUUGAUGGCCUUGAGAAAAGCUGCCCAGAGUGAGAAACCAUUGGCAGCGGCUAAAAUAGUGGGAUGCACCCACAUCACGGCCCAGACAGCUGUGCUGUUUGAGACUCUGAUGGUAUUAGGGGCUCAGUGUAGGUGGGCAGCCUGCAAUAUUUAUUCCACUCAGGAUGAAGUGGCAGCUGCUUUAGCAGAGCAAGAUUUUCCAGUGUUUGCAUGGAAGGGAGAAUCUGAGGAUGACUUCUGGUGGUGUAUUGAUCGCUGUGUAAAUGUGGAGGGCUGGGAGCCAAACAUGAUCCUCGAUGAUGGAGGAGAUAUGACACAUUGGAUAUACAAGAAAUAUCCUCACCUCUUCAAGAAAGUCAAGGGUAUUGUUGAAGAAAGUAUCACAGGCAUUCACAGGCUUCAUCACCUCUCUAAAGCUGGAAAACUAUGUGUGCCAGCCAUAAAUGUGAAUGACUCGGUCACUAAACAAAAAUUUGACAACCUCUACUGCUGCAGGGAGUCCAUUCUAGAUAGUCUUAAAAAGACCGCUGAUAUCAUGUUUGGGGGAAAGCAGGUUGCUGUAUGUGGAUACGGAGAGGUGGGAAAAGGUUGUUCUGCAGCUCUGAAAGCGAUGGGGUCCAUUGUGUACAUAACCGAAAUCGACCCCAUCUGUGCUCUACAAGCAUGCAUGGAUGGCUUUCGAUUGGCCAAACUAGGUGAUGUUGUAAGACAAGUGGACAUGGUCAUCACCUGCACAGGUAACAAAAACAUUGUUGUGAGGGAACACAUGGACCUAAUGAAGAAUGGCUGCGUUGUCUGCAAUAUGGGACGCUCCAAUACAGAAAUCGAUGUUAACAGUCUGAGAACCCCAGAGUUAGUAUGGCAACAUGUGAGAGCGCAAGUGGAUCACAUUAUUUGGCCUGAUGGCAAGAGAAUAGUACUCCUUGCAGAGGGCCGUGUUCUUAAUCUAAGCUCCUCCACUGUACCCAUAUACGUGCUUUCCAUCACAGCCACCACACAGGCUUUGGCAUUGAUCGAGCUAUUCAAUGCUCCUGAGGGCCGUUACAAGCAAGAUGUCUAUCUUCUUCCCAAGAAACUGGAUGAGUAUGUUGCAAGCCUGCAUCUUCAGACUUUUGAUGCACGCCUGACUGAGCUUACAGAUGAACAAGCCAAAUACACGGGUUUGAGUAAAUAUGGCCCCUUCAAACCUAGUUACUACAGGUAUUAAGAUCAUGGAGAAGUCUCAAUGUAACUCGUCAUAAUUUAGAAGAAAACAGAUGGAUCUAAAGCUAUGGAUAGAAAUAGAUAUGACUCAGCAAGGAUUUAAUUCAUUCCACUCUUCACCAACACAUGAUAUUACAGGCUUGAUCAUUAAGGGUCAGAGUGUACAAAUGUAAAGUGAAA